CUUCCUUUGUCUUUUAGGAUGAACCGUUCCCUGUUCAUAUUUUUCUUCAGCCAUGGAUGCAUGUUAAAGGACAGUUAAGUGUUUUAUAUCAUUUGGUAUACGCUCCAUCAGAACUUUUGGAUAUGUCGCAAACAGCUACAAGGAAGAUUAUAUCAGAGGAACUGGUGAAUACUGUUCCUAACACCAUGCGUACUGCUGCCGCCCACUUAGCGUCACAACAAUUGAAUUGCUUGGAUCUGUUAGAGUCUGUCAUGAACUUAGCGGGGACAGCUGCUUCUGAAGAUGUCAGAGUAUUCAUGGAUAGAUUGGCUAUUCAAGCACCUGAACUGUUACUUAUCGGAUUGGCUCAGAUACAGCCUAUCAAAAACGAAUUACACCGCUCACUUUUACCCAAACUGCUCAAUAUCUUCUUAAUUGGUCAUGUCAAUUCGCCUUUGGUGAUAAGAUUAUUAUGGCAUGUUCAACCUAAUCUAUUAUUAGAGGGGUUCUUUGAAAUGUACAAGAAAGAUCCUACAUCAGUAUCCCGUGUUUUAGAUUUGGCUCAAGAAGCAAAGAUUGUAGUCGAUAUAUUAAAAGCAGAUAUGCCCUUCUUCACCCUGGAUUUGGCCUCUCUUGCCGCCCGCCGACAAAAUUUGAAUUUGGAGAAAUGGUUAUUGGAGAAGUUAGCAAAGGAUGGAUUUGCAUUUUUUGGGGUUUGCAUAGGUUUUCUUGAGAGAAAAUGCGCUAUUGAAAUGGCUCGUCAAUCAGGAGCCAACGUGAUCCCAACCUUGCAACUCUCCUUUGAUGUGAUCCGUAUCUUUUUUAGGAUUUUAUCUGAGAGACCUCUUCCACCUGCUGAAACAGCUAAAUUAUCCAAGUUGAGUCAACUUUACGCUCAACUGUUUCCUCAACUGCACGAGAAUCAGCCUACACCAACCCAGCAGCAUCAGCAUAUACAACAACAGCAGACAGUGGAUAAAAGGUCAGUUGAAAAUGCUGGAGCUUCAGCUGUAGGAACUUUCAAGGAGCCACUUUCUGUACCUACUAGUGCUACUAAUGAAAACGAACGCAACUAUCCUGAAGAAGUAGAAGAAAUGGUUCGUUUGUAUUUUGAGAGAUUGUACACGCAAGAUAUUAGCCCAAGCCGAUUUGCCUCUGUUCUCAAAGCUUGCCGUACAUCUAAUGAUCAGAGACAAGUCAAUUUUUUCUCUUGCACCACUCACACUCUAUUAGAUGAAUCUCGAUUUUUCAGCCAAUAUCCUGAUAAUGAAUUAAUGGCAACAGGCGAGUUGUUGGGUCUUUUGGUAGAUCAACAUCUUGUAUCUUAUGCCCAACUACGUUCAACAUUGAAAAUCGUUUUAGAUGCUUUAAAAUGUCCCGUGAGCUCAAAAAUGUUUAAAUUUGGCAUCCAAGCACUAACUCAGUUCCGUGGUAGACUGAGCGAAUGGCCGCAAUACACUCUUCUUCUGUCUAAAAUUGAAGGACUGCGUGGUUAUCCUACAAUUGUAGAAAGUAUUGCAUUAACAUUGAAGCAACUAGCGCAGAAGGAUCCAGAAGGCAAAAUAAAAGAAUUAACAGCAUCCAACUCAUCCUCAACCGCCACGUCAUCAAGUUCACCCAAAACCAAUGCUUCAGUUGCCCUGACCGACAAUAACAAAACAUUAGCGGCCAUGACAGCUGAUUCUGGAAAGAGCACGGCUGAGCGUUCUGCUGAUGCAGCUAUUAACGUUACUACAUUAUUGAAAAAGAGUUCCGAACGCCAAUCUUAUGAAAUGCCUCCCGAAAAAGUACAAGAACGCGUUGCUUUCUUAAUCAACAAUUUGUCUGUCAGUAAUAUGGAAAGCAAAGUGAAUGAAUUGAAGCAACUUUUGCAAAAACCGACGUUUGGAUGGUUUAGCCACUACCUCGUUGUUAGGCGUGUCAGUAUUGAAUCCAAUAAUCACGAGCUUUACUCAGCCUUAUUGGACAGAUUAGAUUUGCAACCACUUAUUGAUGCUGUGAUUGAGGAAACGUUUUCCAACAUUUCUUUGUUGCUACAAUCAGAAGGGACCGCUCAAUCGUCCUCAGAUAGGAAUUUGCUCAAAAAUUUGGGUAGUUGGUUAGGUCGUCUGACCAUCGGUAAAAACAAGCCCAUUCGUCACAAAGAUAUGUCAUUCAAGAAUCUUUUGGUCUCUUCUUACUCGAAGCAACAAUUAAUGGUGGCCGUACCUUUUGUUUGCAAAGUCCUGCAACAUGCUGCUGACAGUAAAAUCUUCAAACCACCAAAUCCUUGGCUAAUGAGUUCUUUGAAGGUGUUGGCCGAACUGUAUUGGACUGAAGGCCUGAAGUUGAACCUCAAAUUUGAAAUUGAGAUCCUUUUCAAGACAUUGAAUGUCGAUUUGAAUGAAAUUGAGCCUACGUCAGUCUUGAACAAAGAGAACAUUGUCCCACCUAGAAUCAACUAUGCUCGUGAAAGCAAGCAACAGCAAGCUCCUGCAGCAAAUUCGCCCACUACUUAUUCAAAGCCCGUUUUACCAGCAAAGGAAGAGGUAGCAGAGGAGGCACAGACGCCGCGCCCACCUCCAGUGAAAAACAUUGCUCCUAUUAAUCCACCAAACCCUCAAGAAUUCCGUCAAAGCAUCGAUGUCACCCCAAUGCUGGCAAAACUUCAAAUUAAUCCUGCUAUUGCUCAGUUAAUGAUCCAAUAUCCGAUCAUAAAAAACACAGUUUAUGCUGGCGUGUCUGAAGCUUUUCUCGAAGUAGUUCCACCAAUCAUUCUCACUUCUGCUAAUGUAGCUGCUGUUUCAACCAAGGAGAUGGUUUUGAAGGAUUUCCAGACUGAGCCUGACGAAAGCCGUUUACAAAGAGCUGCGCAUGCUAUGGUGCAACCUUUAGCCUGUAGUUUGUCCGUUGUCAGCUGCAAGGAGCCUCUUUGUAGUGGUAUUAUUUCAGUCAUCAUUACCCAUUUGACACAACAGGGGCUUCCUGAGCAACUUGCUGAUGAAAUUGCUACAACAAUUGCUGAUGAGAACAUCGAAUUGCUUUGCUUAUUUAUAGACCAGUUGACAAAGAUCAAGGCUUUAGAAGAUGUUGAUCGUGGUUUAGCAGCUGCAUAUGCAAGCCGUCUUGCAUUUCGUAAACAGCAACAACAUCUACAGCAUCAAGGUGAGCGCUUCUUUGAUGUGUUGAGUUUAACAGGUGCUCCUCAUUCCAUCCGUUUACCGGAGCCUUUGAGACCUACUAAUGGUGUCAGCCCCGAGCAAUUCCGCGUUUACGAAAGCUUCGAUCAGAAACUAUUUCUUGCUAUGCAGCAGCAACCACAGCAACAACAACAGCUUCAGCACCAAUUACCCCAACAGAUCCAACAACAAUUACCACUUGGCAACAGCAAUAGUAACUAUUACUCGCCUGAACUUUCAUUGAUGGGACAACCCCGUCAAUUGGCUCAACCACAGCAUCAUCUUUCUUAUCAACCUCCUCCACCUCCUCCACCCUUCAUGAAUUCCCCAAAUAAUAUGCCUGCUACACAAAAUAAUAAUACUUUGCUCAAUGCGAAAUUAGAACAAAUGCUUCUAGAAUUAGAUCGACUCAUCCGUCACUGUGGUAUUACCAACAUCUCACAGCUACCUCCCAAUCACGACAUCUGUUUGCUGAUACGUCAAAUUCCUUUGAUUGUUUCUCAAAGCGCUACUCUGCUACAAACUAUGAUCAUCUUUGUUGAAAAAGUUAUGCUUAUGUUCUAUCAAAACACUAGUCCUUUCGCUUUGGAAGUGUAUGCUACAUUCCUUCAGUCGCUUUUCGAGAUAUCGAGCGAAGUCACCAAAGAGACCCUUUCUUGGCUCAUUUAUGCAGAUGAUGAACGUAAAUAUAAUUCUCAGGCCAUUGCUAUGUUAAUCCGUUAUGAAUUGUUACCGCUCGAGGAAUACGAUAUUCAAUUAGCGAAACUAAUUAACGAAAAAGCUGAUAGCGUUAUCGAGUUCGCGGCUGAGUUGAUGCGUCUUUGUUUAUUGUCAUUGCCUCGUCCUAUCAGUUAUUUGGAAGACCAUAUUUUGACUUUAUCUGCACUUCACAAGCUUGUCAAGAACAAAGAAGCCCCUACGAAUGUGUUGUCCUUAUUUGACGAUCUUCGCGCCUCAGUAGAGCAGCCCUAUAAGACUCUUAUUAGCAAAGAGCAAGAAAAAGAUAGCGUCGGUAGAGCAGCACCAGACUGUUUACAAUAUCGAAUGCUGUUGGCUGAAUGGGUGCGUUUAUGUCAACAUCCAAUGGCAGCCGGUGAUAUCUUCAAUGCUGUUGCUCAAAAAGCUAUUUACAUGACCAAAGAAAGUGAUGACCGUUGCUUCUUUUUCAGGUUCUGUACUGAAGUAUGCGUCAAUCACUAUCUGACUUUCCGAUCUGUAAGCACCGUACACCAUCGCCGCAUGAUUCAUUUGAUUGAUUCAUUCUCCAAAUUGAUAACUGCUAUGAUUAUGGUAAAGGAAGACGAAGGAAAGAUAAUUAAACAAGAUGAAGAGGAGGACGGAGGCAAGGCUAAAAAGCAGAAAAAGAGCAAAAAGGAAAAUACAAAGGUUAAAAAGGAUGACAGCAAUGUCAAUAAUAUGGCCAAGAUUAAAAUGCUCAAUGAUGCUUUGUCUGUCAUCAUUCUGGUGUUAUCGCAGCAACAUGAAAAGAGGGGCGUGGAGUUCAAUCAGAAGCCAUUUUUAAGAUUAUUCUCGUCUAUCUUUAAUGAGAUUUCUAAACUUAAUGAUAAAUCUUUGGAUGCUUGUGCCUUGAUUACCUUUAGUGACGCAUUAUAUACACUUCAGCCUUGUAACUUCCCUGGAUUUGCUUUCUCAUGGCUCCAACUUAUCUCUUGCCGUUCUUUCUUACCUCAACUCCUUGCGACUAAUGAUCAUUAUGGCUCUUUAUUGUGUCAAAAGCUCAUCCAUGCCUUAUUAAAGUUCUUAGGCCCACUUUUGGGAAGUUCAGAAGUCCCCCAUGCUACCAAGAUCUUCUAUCGUGGUACACUUCGUGUUUUGGUCCUUUUGUUACAUGAUUUCCCUGAAUUCUUGUGUCAUAAUUACAUGCUAUUCACUCAAGCCAUUCCACACUCCUGUGUUCAAUUGCGUAAUUUGAUAUUGAGUGCAUUCCCUCGCAUCAUGCAUUUACCUGACCCUUUUACACCUGACUUGAAAUUGGAAACCUUGCCUGAAUCUAGUGAAGAACCCAUUUUUGACCAAAGCUAUGUGGAUGUUUUAGAAGAAGGAAGUUCCAGCGAUGACUUCAAGUCCUGUAUCGAUCAAUUCAUGGCCAGUAACGAUAAGAAUGCUGCUGAGGCGUUCAAUGCCGUAUUGGAUGAACAAUAUAACAAGCUACAAAAAUUACAAUUGGAAAACGAAGGCAAUUCGGAUACUGAGGAGUGCUAUACAAAGUACAAUACCAUGUUAUCUGCCUUUGUACUGUAUAUUGGUGCUCACUCUGCGCAAUUGAAGGAUGAGCCUAUAGAGAGUAGACCAGCUAUGCUGGCUUAUAAGCAUUUGUUGUCGAUUCUGAGCUCAGAAGGACGAUACGUUUUGUUGAGUACCAUGGCUGAUAAUCUGCGCUAUCCUAAUAGCCAUACAUGCUUUUUUAACGCUGCUCUAUUGUACUUAUUCUCUACUCAAUCGGAAAUUGUCAAAGAACAAAUCACAAGAGUCUUACUAGAACGUUUAAUUGUAAACCGUCCUCAUCCUUGGGGCUUAUUGGCAACCUUUAUAGAAUUGAUUAAAGAUCCUAAAUUCUGGGACCACGAGUUUAUUCGAUGCUCCCCUGAUAUUGAGCGUCUUUUUGAUAAUGUGUCGAGGUAAGCUUAACAAACCAACUGUAUCCCAUUUCGAAUUAACUAUUCAUUGACAUAAUGGCUUGUUCGAAACUACUUUAUAGAUCUGUCAAGCGCACUGCUACUAUCAACGCAUAAGAUUUUUUGGUCUUUCAAAAAAAGUUUUGUUUUAAAUUUCUCAGUCCGCUUAUCAAAUAAAC